ACAUAAACACACGAAGAGACGUACGAGGUUUGACGUUUGUGGGAAGGCCGUGGCAUUUUGUUGUCGCUCCCCGAGGUAAAGGGGAGGAACGGACGCUUCUCCUCCUCCUCCGCAUUCGGUGGCUGGAGCUCCGGACUCGGCCGCACGACCAGGAGCUGCUGUCGGCCUCUGUGCCCCCCACCCCAAACACAGUGGGCCAGCCUGGGGCGGGCCGAGCUGGAGGAUGUGCUGCUACGGUGACUCUCGGGCCGCCCCGUCCCCAAGCCACAAAUAGAUCGAGCCGAUUAAUUGGGACCAGUUGUGGAAACAGUGAUUUCUCUUCCCGGGGACUUUGUUAUCCAGUCUCCCAGCGCUCGGAGAACAUUAGUCGGGGAAACUGUCAGGGAUUGUAGAGGCCUCUCUCACCAUGGCCGAUGUGGAUCCCGAUACGUUGUUGGAAUGGCUACAAAUGGGCCAGGGAGACGAAAGGGACAUGCAACUCAUAGCCUUGGAGCAGCUGUGUAUGCUACUUCUCAUGUCUGAUAAUGUGGACCGUUGUUUUGAAACAUGUCCUCCUCGUACAUUUCUGCCAGCUCUAUGCAAAAUCUUUCUGGAUGAAAGUGCCCCUGACAAUGUGUUAGAAGUGACAGCCCGUGCCAUAACGUAUUACCUGGAUGUAUCUGCUGAAUGUACACGAAGGAUUGUUGGAGUUGAUGGAGCCAUAAAAGCACUUUGUAACCGAUUGGUUGUAGUUGAGCUCAAUAACAGAACCAGCAGAGACCUGGCUGAGCAAUGUGUCAAGGUACUUGAGCUUAUCUGUACGCGAGAAUCGGGAGCAGUAUUUGAAGCCGGAGGGUUAAACUGUGUGCUAACCUUCAUUCGGGAUAGUGGUCAUCUUGUACAUAAAGACACUUUACAUUCUGCAAUGGCUGUAGUUUCCAGGCUUUGUGGAAAAAUGGAACCUCAAGAUUCAUCACUUGAAACUUGUGUGGAGUCUUUGUCUAGUUUAUUGAAACAUGAAGAUCCCCAAGUAUCAGAUGGAGCUUUGCGUUGCUUUGCUUCUUUGGCAGACAGAUUCACUCGUCGUGGAGUUGACCCAGCCCCUUUAGCAAAGCAUGGGUUGACAGAAGAGUUGCUGUCUCGCAUGGCAGCAGCAGGCGGUUUAGUAGCAGGGGGGUCUUCAUCUGCUUGCAAACCAGGCCGUACGUCCACAGGAGCAACUCCCAAUGCAGCUGAUUCUAAACUUAGUAACCAAGUAUCAACAAUUGUUAGUUUGCUUUCCACGCUCUGCAGAGGCUCCCCUGUUGUGACACAUGACUUAUUAAGAUCAGCAUUACCUGACUCAAUAGAAAGUGCACUACAAGGUGAUGAAAGGUGUGUGCUUGACACUAUGCGAUUGGUGGAUCUACUUUUGGUAUUACUUUUUGAAGGACGUAAAGCUUUGCCAAAGUCCAGUGCUGGCUCCACAGGCAGAAUCCCUGGUCUACGGAGACUGGAUAGUUCUGGGGAGCGUUCUCAUCGGCAACUUAUUGAUUGCAUCCGUAGUAAAGACACUGAUGCAUUGAUAGAUGCUAUUGAUACCGGAGCAUUUGAAGUAAAUUUUAUGGAUGAUGUUGGUCAAACUCUUUUGAAUUGGGCUUCUGCUUUUGGAACUCAGGAAAUGGUGGAAUUUCUUUGUGAGAGGGGUGCUGAUGUUAACAGAGGACAAAGAUCCUCAUCUUUGCACUAUGCAGCUUGUUUUGGAAGGCCACAGGUUGCAAAGACUCUGUUGAGACAUGGAGCAAACCCGGACCUACGUGAUGAAGAUGGUAAAACACCUCUGGACAAGGCCCGUGAGAGGGGUCACAGUGAAGUUGUGGCCAUAUUGCAGUCUCCAGGAGAUUGGAUGUGUCCUGUGAAUAAAGGUGAAGAUAAGAAAAAGAAAGAUGCCAACAGGGAGGAGGAAGAUGGAAAUGAACCAAAGGGAGAUCCUGAAAUGGCUCCAUUAUAUUUGAAGAGAUUGUUGCCAGUAUUUGCACAGACAUUUCAACAAACUAUGUUGCCAUCCAUCAGAAAAGCUAGUCUUGCUCUUGUUCGCAAGAUGGUACACUAUUGUUCUGAAGCACUUUUGAAGGAAGUAUGCGAUUCGGAUGCUGGCCACAACUUGCCUACAGUGCUGGUAGAAAUUACGGCUACAGUCCUCGAUCAAGAGGAUGAUGAUGAUGGCCACUUACUAGCUUUGCAGAUCAUACGGGAUCUGGUAGACAAAGGAGGUGACCUAUUUCUGGACCAACUUGCAAGGCUUGGUGUAAUCAACAAAGUGUCCACCUUGGCAGGACCCUCUUCAGAUGAUGAAAAUGAAGAGGAUUGCAAGCCUGAUAAGGAUGAUGAGCCUCAAGAAGAUGCAAAAGAAAUUCAGCAAGGCAAGCCAUACCAUUGGAGAGAUUGGUCUAUCAUCAGGGGAAGGGAUUGUUUAUACAUCUGGAGUGAUGCAGCUGCCUUAGAAUUGUCAAAUGGUAGUAAUGGAUGGUUUCGAUUCAUUUUGGAUGGGAAAUUAGCUACCAUGUAUUCUAGUGGAAGUCCAGAAGGUGGCUCUGACAGCUCAGAAAGCAGAAGUGAAUUCUUGGAGAAGUUGCAACGGGCUCGAAGUCAAGUCAAACCAGCAACCACAAGCCAACCCAUUCUGACUGCACCUGGGCCAACAAAACUUACUGUAGGCAACUGGUCCCUUACCUGUCUAAAGGAAGGAGAAAUUGCAAUACACAAUUCUGAUGGUCAGCAGGCUACUAUAUUGAAGGAGGAUCUGCCUGGAUUUGUGUUUGAGUCCAAUCGGGGAACCAAGCAUUCAUUUACUGCAGAAACGUCACUUGGAUCGGAAUUUGUAGCUGGCUGGACCGGUAAAAGAGGUAGAAAGCUAAAAUCAAAACUGGAGAAAACUAAACAGAAGGUUAGAACCAUGGCCAGAGAUUUAUAUGAUGAUCAUUUUAAGGCUGUGGAAAGUAUGCCUCGAGGUGUGGUGGUCACAUUGCGUAACAUAGCAACACAACUUGAGAGUGCAUGGGAGCUUCAUGCUAACAGACAAGGUGUGGAUGGAGAGGCUACAUGGAGGGAUCUAAUGAAAACUGCCUUGGAGAACUUGAUUGUACUAUUAAAGGAUGAAAACACCAUAUCACCCUAUGAGAUGUGCAGCAGUGGGCUGGUACAAGCGCUACUUACGGUCCUCAACAAUAAUGUGGACUUAGAUGUGAAGCAAGAUUGUAGCCAACUAAUGGAGCGAAUAAAUGUUUUCAAAACUGCAUUCAGUGAAAAUGAAGAUGAAGAAAGUCAGCCAGCUGUUGCCCUUGUUCGAAAGCUCAUAGCUGUGUUAGAAUCUAUUGAGAGGCUGCCUCUGCAUCUGUAUGAUACCCCUGGCUCUUCAUAUAACUUGCAGUCUGCUUUUCCUCCCGUCAAGAUCCUGACGAGAAGGCUGAGGUUUAGAUUGGAACGUGCUCCUGGAGAAACGUCAUUGAUAGACAGAACUGGAAGAAUGCUGAAAAUGGAACCAUUGGCCACUGUUGAAUCCUUGGAGCAGUAUCUUCUUAAAAUGGUGGCAAAACAGUGGUAUGAUUUUGAUAGAUCGACAUUUGUCUUUGUGCGUAAACUACGUGAAGGACAAAUAUUUACUUUUCGGCACCAGCAUAAUUUUGAUGAAAAUGGAAUAAUAUACUGGAUUGGGACAAAUGCAAAAACUGCAUAUGAGUGGGUGAAUCCUGCAGCUUAUGGCUUGGUGGUUGUAACAUCUUCGGAAGGGAGGAAUUUACCAUAUGGACGAUUGGAAGAUAUUUUAAGUCGUGACAGCUCAGCCCUUAACUGUCACACGAAUGAUGAUAAGAAUGCUUGGUUUGCAAUUGAUCUUGGUCUUUGGGUGAUCCCGUCAGCAUAUACUUUGCGACAUGCACGUGGUUAUGGUCGGUCUGCCCUGCGGAACUGGGUUUUUCAAGUUUCCAAAGAUGGACAAAACUGGACAACUCUCUACACUCAUGUGGAUGAUUGCAGCUUGAAUGAACCAGGGUCUACAGCAACAUGGCCUUUGGAUCCUCCAAAGGAUGAGAAACAGGGAUGGAGACAUAUUCGAAUUAAACAAAUGGGUAAAAAUGCCAGUGGGCAGACUCAUUACCUCUCCCUCUCUGGAUUUGAAUUGUAUGGGACAGUCUCUGGUGUAUGCGAAGACCAACUAGGCAAAGCAGCUAAGGAAGCAGAAGCGAACUUAAGGAGACAAAGACGCCUUGUACGUUCUCAGGUUCUGAAGUACAUGGUGCCAGGUGCACGUGUAGUUAGGGGCAUCGAUUGGAAGUGGAGAGAUCAAGAUGGCAAUCCACCAGGUGAAGGCACUAUCACAGGAGAACUGCAUAAUGGCUGGAUUGAUGUCACCUGGGAUGCUGGUGGCUCUAACUCUUACCGUAUGGGCGCAGAAGGAAAAUUUGACCUCAAGCUUGCACCAGGGUACGACCCUGAUUCAGCGCCAUCACCCAAACCUGUUUCAUCCACUGUUUCAGGCACAGCGCAAGCAUGGAGCAGCUUGGUGAAAAACAACUGCCCAGACAAGAUGGUGGCCACUGCACCGGGCUCCUCCAGUCGAAAAGGAAGCAGCAGUUCUGUGUGCAGUGUGGCUAGUAGCAGCGAUAUAAGCUUGAGUUCAUCUAAAGUGGAUCGCAGAUCUGAAAGCGUAUUGGAACAGACGGCUGCUACUGGUACAGACAGUCGUGAACCUAUUGUUGUCCUUUCUACGACUGAUAUUUUGCCCCAGGGAGGAACUGAAUCAACAUCUAGUGCCAGUACCAGCACCUUGACUGCAGACACAGGAAGUGAAAAUGUGGAUAGGAAAUCUGGUCCUGAUGCCUCAAUACGUAACUCUGGAGAAUCUGGUGCAAUAUCAAUGGGUAUUGUUAGUGUGAGCUCCCCUGAUGUUAGUUCAGUGGCUGAGUCAUCAAACAAAGAAGCAACGUCACAACGCCCACUUAGUUCUUCUGCAAGUAACAGACUUUCAGUAAGCUCACUGUUAGCUGCUGGCGCACCCAUGAGCUCAAGUGCCAGUGUACCCAAUUUAUCUUCAAGGGAAGCAUCCAGUCUUAUGGAAUCAUUUGUGCGUCGAGUGGCUAAUAUAGCACGCACUAAUGCCACCAAUAAUAUGAAUUUAAGUCGCAGUAGCAGUGAUAACAACACUAAUACUCUGGGACGGAAUGUCAUGAGUACUGCAACUUCUCCUCUCAUGGGUGCCCAGAGUUUCCCAAACCUCACAACAACUGGUACCACAUCAACUGUCACUAUGUCAACUUCCAGCGUCACCAGCAGCAACAAUGUAGCCACAGCGACCACGGGUUUGUCAGUCGGUCAGUCACUCAGUAAUACUCUGACAACAAGUCUGACAUCUACUUCCAGUGAGAGUGACACAGGUCAAGAGGCAGAAUUCUCUUUAUAUGAUUUUCUAGAUAGUUGCCGUGCUAGUACUUUAUUGGCAGAACUUGAAGAUGAUGAAGAUUUGCCUGAACCAGAUGAGGAAGAUGAUGAAAAUGAAGAUGACAAUCAAGAAGAUCAGGAGUAUGAAGAAGUUAUGGAAGAAGAAGAAUAUGAAACAAAAGGAGGACGUCGCAGAACAUGGGAUGACGAUUUUGUCCUAAAGCGGCAAUUCUCUGCUUUAGUACCUGCUUUUGAUCCACGACCUGGUCGCACAAAUGUGCAGCAGACAACUGAUUUAGAAAUCCCUCCCCCAGGAACACCUCGAUCAGAGCUGUUGGAGGAAGUAGAGUGCGCUCCUUCACCACGAUUAGCACUAACUCUUAAGGUAGCGGGUUUGGGUACAUCUCGUGAAGUGGAGUUGCCCCUCUCAAACUACAGAGCCACCAUUUUCUGUUACGUGCAGAAACUGUUGCAGCUUUCUUGUAAUGGGAAUAUAAAAUCUGAUAAGUUUAGACGCAUAUGGGAACCAACCUACACGAUUAUGUACAGAGAGAUGAAAGAUACUGAUAAAGAAAAGGGGGAAAAUGGAAAGAUGGGCUGCUGGUCUGUAGAGCAUGUGGAACAAUACCUUGGCACUGAUGAAUUACCAAAGAAUGACUUGAUAACGUACCUGCAGAAGAAUGCAGAUUCAGCUUUCCUGCGGCACUGGAAAUUAACCGGCACUAAUAAAAGUAUUAGGAAAAACAGAAAUUGUUCUCAGCUCAUAGCUGCAUACAAGGAAUUUUGUGAGCAUGGAACAAAAUCAUCUGGAUUAAGCCAUGGAUCCAUUUCCUCUUUGCACAGUUGUGAAAUUCUUAGUGGAACACGAGAGCAGCCACAAGCCAAGGCUGGGAGUGGGCAAAAUGCUUGUGGUGUAGAGGAUGUCUUGCAAUUACUUCGUAUUCUUUAUAUUAUUGCUAGUGAUCCAUACACCACGUGGAGAGGUCAAGAAGAAAGUGAUGGUCAGCUUGAAUUCAAUGUUUCCCCAGAAGAAUUCACAAGCAAAAAAGUCACCACAAAAAUCUUACAGCAGAUUGAGGAGCCAUUGGCUUUGGCUAGUAGUGCAUUACCAGACUGGUGUGAACAACUGACCAGCAAGUGUCCAUUCUUGAUUCCUUUUGAAACUAGACAACUUUACUUCACCUGCACAGCAUUUGGAGCAUCAAGAGCAAUAGUUUGGCUACAGAAUAGACGUGAGGCCACCAUGGAACGUACCCGAACAACAACAACAGUGAGACGCGAUGAUCCAGGAGAAUUUAGAGUUGGAAGAUUAAAACAUGAGCGGGUCAAGGUUCCUCGUGGUGAUACAUUAAUGGAGUGGGCAGAGAACGUCAUGCAAAUUCAUGCUGAUAGGAAAUCUGUCCUUGAGGUUGAGUUUUUAGGUGAAGAAGGAACUGGUCUUGGUCCAACAUUAGAGUUCUAUGCACUCGUAGCAGCAGAGUUUCAAAAGAAAGAACUUGGGAUUUGGCUGUGUGAUGAUGAUUUUCCUGAUGAUGAAUCCCGACAGGUUGACUUAGGAGGAGGACUUAAGCCACCAGGUUAUUAUGUGCAACGAUCGUGUGGACUUUUUUCUGCGGCUUUCCCACAGGAUAGUGAAGAAAUGGACAGAAUAACCAAACUUUUCCAUUUUCUGGGAAUUUUCUUAGCCAAAUGCGUUCAGGACAACAGACUGGUGGAUAUACCAAUAUCUAAACCUUUCUUCAAACUCAUGUGUAUGGGAGACAUAAAAAGCAAUAUGAGUAAGCUAUUAAAUGAAUAUGGAACCCGGCUAGAUGGUGACUUGCAUUAUACUGAAAGCCAAUCGGAAGCAUCAACAGAGGAAGGACAUGAUUCUAUAUCUGUUGGUAGUUUUGAUGAAGACUCAAAAUCAGAGUUUAUUCUUGAUCCUCCUAAACCCAAACCCCCUGGUUGGUUCCAUGGAAUUUUGACUUGGGAGGAUUUUGAAUUGGUAAAUCCACACAGAGCUAGGUUCUUGAAGGAAAUUAAGGAACUUUCCGUGAAAAGGCGGCAAAUAGUAAGUAACAGAGCUCUUUCGGAAGAUGAGAAAAACACACAACUCCAGGAGCUUACUCUGAAGAAUCGAUCAGGACCACCACUUGGCAUAGAAGAUCUAGGGCUGAAUUUUCAGUUUUGUCCUUCAUCCAAAGUACAUGGAUUUACAGCUGUUGAUUUGAAGCCAAAUGGUGAUGAUGAGAUGGUAACAAUAGACAAUGCAGAAGAGUAUGUAGAAUUGAUGUUUGACUUCUGCAUGCACACUGGAAUACAAAAGCAGAUGGAUGCUUUCAGAGAUGGAUUCAAUCGUGUCUUUCCUAUGGAAAAGCUGAGCUCUUUCAGCCAUGAAGAAGUUCAAAUGAUCCUUUGUGGAAACCAGUCACCAUCUUGGACUGCAGAGGAUAUCAUUAAUUAUACAGAACCCAAAUUGGGCUACACCCGAGAUAGCCCAGGGUUCAUUCGAUUUAUUAAAGUUCUUUGUGGGAUGUCAUCAGAUGAAAGGAAGGCAUUUCUACAGUUCACCACAGGAUGUUCCACUCUUCCACCAGGUGGUCUGGCCAAUCUUCAUCCACGGCUCACAAUUGUUCGGAAGGUUGAUGCAACAGAUGCAAGUUAUCCAUCAGUAAAUACAUGUGUGCACUACCUUAAAUUGCCUGAAUACUCCUCUGAGGAAAUUAUGAGAGAACGUUUGCUAGCUGCUACAAUGGAGAAAGGUUUUCAUCUUAAUUGAUUAAAUGAACAUUGAUGGAUACUGAACAGAACACUGAAUCUGAAACUAGAAAAGCCUCUCGUGUUUGUGUGAAAAAAUGUUUAUAUCCAGCUGUAAUUGGAUACAGCUUGCCUACUUUUUGAGGCUUUAAAGAGAACCAUAAUGAAUAACUCUUAGCUGCUAAUGUUUUGGCAGGAACAAACUUAUCCUGUUAAUAAUUACAAGGCCAGCAAAUAUUAUGACACAGAGCACUGUGUGCUGCUUCAAGGGCUUAUGAGACUGGAAGCUGGGACGGUCCUGUAAAUGUUCCUAAGAGCAGUUUUUGUCAUAUUUUCAGUGUUUAAUUUCUGACAAUGCAUCGUGUUUUAUUCAGUUUAUUAAGCACAGCAAUUGGUACCUGGGUUCACUACAGAUGCCACUUUUUUGACCUCCUUUGCUGGCCUCUUGCUAUUGGUCAAGAACCUGCUUGUGUAGAAUUGUAAUGUAGAGAGUGAAUGGGCAUUUCUUCCAAAGCAUUUCCUGUUUAGUAGUGCCUGCACUGUUUAUUUGAGUAUUAAAAUUUUACUUGCUAUCCUUUUUAGUAUACAAUCAUGAAUAAGCUUUGUUUUUCUUUUCGUUUGUUUGGUGUGCGUAUGUUUUCAGUCUUUCAUGUCCUGCUCUGAAGAUCAAAUCCUUGAAUGCAUUUGUGCAAUUUUACAGUAAGCUAGAAACACUGGUUCUAGGUGCAAGGCACAUGUUAAAGCAAGCUAAGCUUUCCCCUGUAUUUCUUUGUAUAUUAUAAACAUUUAUUUAACUCGAGUUGCAGUUUCAAGUCACACAAACUAUUUUCAAAUGUGUAUGCUUAAAAUAAUCAUUAAAAUAUUUGCAAAGUA